UCUGAUCAGCACGACCCCAGCUUCUGUUCUCAUGGAAAUCAGACCCUGCCUCCCGGCCACACUUUCUGCAGAGAUGCAAAGCUGAAGCGCAUUCCCAGCCGGGACAGCAGCUGAUAAUGAUGUCUUGGAGGAGCUGAUCGUUUCAUUUCUCCUGUUUUUUUUUUUCCUCCCCCUUCCUCUGUGUGUUUCGUUCUCGUUAUAGUUUGCAGCUGCUCUUUCGGAUCGCGCUCUGUACUUUCCAACAUGCUGGAUCUGGCGCACUGCAUUGUAUUUUGCGCGCUCCUCUUCUCCGUUCACGCGUCGUGUCCUCCGCGCUGCGAGUGCUCCGAGGCGGCUCACACCGUCAAGUGCGUCUCCAAAGACCUGCGGAGUGUCCCGACUGGAAUCCCCGGAUACACCCGGAAUCUGUUCAUAACUGGGAAUCAGAUCAGUCGCAUUGGUCCGGAGUCCUUCAGAGGACUGGAUAAUGUGACCAACCUGUCUCUGAGUAAUAACAGAAUUUCCAAGGUGGAAUCCCACACGUUCUCCGGACUCCGCAGCCUUCGCUCGCUGGAUCUGAGUAACAACCAGCUGGCUGUCAUUCACCCUGAGGCCUUCACUGUCCUGAACCAGUCCCUGCGGGAGCUUAACCUGAGCCGAGCCCUCUACAACCACUCGUCAGUGAUGGACCUGGCCACGUCUUUCCGCUGGAGCUCCCUGGGGACCCUGCAGGGACUGGACCUGUCUGACAACGGCCUCAUCUAUUUACCCUCGCGUAUCUUCUCCCACCUGACCAGCCUGCGACGUCUGCAGCUUUCCAACAACUCCCUGGUGGCCAUCCACAACUCCAGCUUCUCUGGUUUGGAGCACCUGGAGGAGCUAGACCUCACGCUCAACGCCCUCAAGACAUUUCCUGAGGAGGGCCUGCUAGAGCUGGACUCCCUGCCCAGAGCUACUCUUCUUCUGGGGGAAAACCCGUACACAUGCACAUGUGGAAUUGAACCUUUUGCUUUGUGGCUCAACAGAUCACAGGGACGCAUUAGAAAUGCUGACGGCCUCGUGUGCUCCUUCCCAGCCAACAUGAGAAACACAUCCAUGCUUGCCGUGGGCACGUUGACUCUAGGGUGCCACCAGAGGGAUGCAGGGGCAGACCUUGCUUUGCAGACCUCUUAUGUCUUCUUGGGCGUCGUCCUGGGCUUCAUAGGCCUCAUCUUCCUAUUUGUACUUUAUCUCAACCGCAAGGGCAUCAAGAAGCGGAUCUAUGACAUGCGGGACGCCUGCAGGGAAGUGUGGGAAGGCUACCACUACCGCUUCGAGAUCGAUUCUGACCCCAGGUUAUCACAGGUUUCCUCCAGCGCUGAUGUGUGAGAGGACAAUCACCCCUGGUGCAUUUUCUUAUGACUCUUUUCUAAUGCAUUUAUCAGUAGAAACAUGUAAAAAUUGUACAGAUUUGCCUGUAAAUAUAUAAAUACAAUACUGUUAAUAAUCUUUCAGCCUUGUUGAUUAAAGCAUGCACUGCCCAUCUUUCCUCACUGCACAACUAAUACUCAUCUUUAAUGCAGAAUAUCUUAGAUUUCUUUGUUCUAACAGACACAAACGUGUCAUUGGUAGACGUUUCUCAUAUCCAUGCCUGCUCUCUAUGUUCACUCAAAAGCAACAGUAAGUGCCUAAAGUCAGCUCGGUGUUGUUUACUGAUCAGUUUAGUGAUCUGAGCUGAACCCACUUUCUACACGGCACACUUUCAUUCAGUAUUCUGGGUCAGACCUCGUCUUCGCGUUUAGCUCGUAAAAAAAAAAAAAAAAAAAAAAAGCAACAAAACCCUGCAAUAAAAUCCUGGCACUACAAAAACAAACCUCUGCGAAUUUAAAGCACAAUCACUCAUUCAUCUUUGAACCAUUUCAAGCCCUUUGGUCCCUUCGUCCUUCAGCCCCAGGGUGCCAGAGAGGAAUUAAGCCUCCAAAAGAUUUUCUAAAGCUCUCCUUAAAAAAUCACCACUCUGCUUUUCUUUGGCUGUUGGAUUGGAAAAGAUUGGGGGGGGGGGGGGGGGGCAAUUCAGCACAGACCAGCGGAAAUCUCCUAGCCCCCUCAUUUUUUUCAUGAAACGUUGCUUUGUUUUAACUCCUUGAGUUUUAUUGUCAAAAUGAUGAGAACCAGUCGCAGGCUAAGGCUGCUGAAAGCAAUCUCCCUCCCUCCUUAAAGACAACAGCCACUCUGGAGGCUCUUUGAAGGAAAAGUCUGGCUCUCCACGUUUUUCUGUUUAGGGGAUUUUUUCCAAUGAUAAGACACAGAUGAUUCUCAAACACCAGCCACAUUGUUUCAUUCUGCAGUUUGCUCUGACCAGUUAAGUCGUGCUCCACGAGAAAAGAAACAGGAAUAUGUUCUUAAUGUUUUGCUUUUUUCUCUGCCUUGUAUGCCUUUACAAUCGGGAACUGUUUAGUGGAAGUUGCUUUCUAAGACCAGCUGCUUAAAAUAACGAUCUGAAAUGCAGAUAUAUAUGCCAAAAAAGAAUUUCUUAGUCAGAUCCUAAGCCUUACGCUUUACACGCAUGUUUAAAAUAUAACCUUAGAGUGAAAUGAAUCCUAAACAAAACAGGAUGCUUCUCUCUUCUCAAAUGUCAUAUUUGUCGUGCCUGUUUUUCUACAUGGCUACAUGACAAAAGCAAUUCUCUGUGGCCUUUUGAUGCUACAAAGUGAGACAAACACAGACAGGGGAGGGGAUGGCUAGCUGCCACUCCUCAAAGUGUUUAUAGCCCAAAUUGUUAGCUAUCUAGGUAUUUGGAAUGGGGAGGGGGGGGGGGGGGGGGGGAGAGGAGCCCUGGGGAUAACUGAAACAGCCUCCCAUUGUUCAGAGCCAAAGUAGCAUCUUCAUCCCAUCAAGUCGUUCUUCAAGCUCGUCUGAUAGCGAUCCAGAAAUGUUUGCGACAUGGAGCCCUUUUACUGCAUGUGGAAUGACAAACUGAAAGUUAAGAAAGUCAUGAUCUCUGUAUGCUCGUUUAGAACAAAUAUAAUCUCGUGUGUCGUGAAAACAGUUGAAAUGAAUGUAAUCAUAACGGUUUGGACUAAACUCAAGGUAUCAUUUCUGCGAGCGGCAGUACCACAUUAAGCCGGGCAUUUACUCGCCGAGGAGAAAACAAUUGAGGCUCGUACGCUGACACAAAGGGCAGCUCGCAUGGCGAGACGCCUCAAAUAAGCUUUGUUUUCCAGCGCGAAAAGAUGCCUUGUGAUACCCAUUCACUUUCUGUUUUCACAGACGGCCAUUAUGCCGCCGCAUAAUAGGAUUCACUCAUGAUGACAAAGUUGAGUGCUCUGAUCCAGCUAUUGUUAAAGUGUCAUCAUUCUUAAUAUUUGCCUGUGGGAGAAAGUCCCAGGAGAAGUUUUCAUUUGCUAUUACACAAAGUGUCACAACCAGGGCAUUAAGCCAGCCACGGGUUAUUGGUGUCAAUUGGCGGAGCAGAAAGAAGAAAGAUUACUCCCUGCAUGUCAUUACUUCCGUUUUCCCUCAUUAAAGUGUGGAUUAGGAGCUGUGCCUUUUUUUUUUUUUGUCUUUUUAUGAGCCUGUCUGUUUGAAAAAUAUAUGGUCUGUUUGCUAUAGGCUGUGCAAUACCGUCUCAGCAGGAAUGCAAUGAAAAGAGAGGACCCCUACAAAUACAUCCAGACGUUCUCCAUUACUAACCGUGCAAAAGAGAGGCUUGUUAAGAACAGAAAAAAAUUGCUCCAAUUACUAUGUUCUUUCAAACUGUGUGUUGCACAUAUCUGAUUAA